AUGGCGCCCACCGAAGCCGCCAUUCUGCAUAAUUACCUGACUGUCCCGGCGCAGCUACCCUCAUCCAUCACGCUUGAGGAAUUCACCGAGCUCUUCCCAAAACCGCACCGCGCAAACCCACAAAUCCGUUCACUGUACCGUGAUCUGCAGCAUCAAAGGAGAACGCUCGUUGACACGGUCACGGAAAACAUUGAGAACGAGGAGAAGAGCGGGAGGAUCAUCAAGCGCGAGAUCGCCCGUGCCCGGAAACGUGCAGCAGCCGAGGACGCCGACCAGGAGCUCGAGAUUGAGAGAGCACUCUUUGGCGUGGCUGGGGCGCAAGAUCCCAAACACACACUGAACUCCAUCGUUCCAGAGAUGGACACUGCGAUAGCGGAUGUUGAAGCAGAAAUUCAGGAGCUAGAAGCUCAGGAGAGCAAACUCAUGGAAUCAGUCAAACAGACAGUUGGUAGCAUGAGCGACCUCCGCUACGGACGCCUCGCCAACCCCAAGCUCGGAGAAGACGUCAUUCAAGGCCUCAAAAGUGUGCAAGAUGCAUGCGACGGGAAAAGUUGA